CUCGUUUUGUAUUUUUAGUAGAGACAAGGUUUCUCCAUGUUGGUCAGCCUGGUCACAAACUCCCGAUCUCAGAUGAUCUGCCUGCCUUGGCCUCCCAGAGUGUUGGGAUUACAGGCAUGAGCCCCAGUGCCCAGCCCCCAGGCUUUGUUUUAAAGAGAGGUCAUGGGGCCUGCUGUGCUUGGUUUUCAUGGGAGCAGGGGAGUGGGGCCCUAUGGGCCCUUUGCUGCAGCAGAAAUUGCUGCCAUCUCUGGCAUGGAAGGGCAUCUAAAGGCAGGAAACUGGAGACUCACAUUUUAGUCUUUAGGUAGAAGCUCACUGUUCCUGAAAUUCUCCUGUGACAAGGACAAAGGACAAGCAAGUGUGGCCUUUUCUGCGUCUUUAAGGUACAUCUGCCUGUGGGUGCGGUGGUAGCAGGUGAAGGGGUUUUGCUGAUGCUUUAAAAGGCACAUUCUCAAGUUACAGAUGUGAUUUUCCACAUAAUAUCACCUGAGAAGGAAUCCCAAAGAAGGAGCAAGAGGAAGAAAUGGCUGGUUCUCAGGAACUGUUGACAUUCAGGGAUGUGACCAUAGAAUUCUCUCUGGAGGAGUGGGAGUUUCUGAACCCUGCUCAGCAGAGUUUGUAUAGGAAAGUGAUGCUAGAGAACUACAGAAACCUGGUCUCUCUGGGUCUUACUGUUUCUAAGCCAGAACUGAUUAGCUGUCUGGAGCAAAGACAGGAGCCCUGGAAUGUGAAGAGACAUGAGACCAUCGCCAAACCCCCAGCUAUGUCUUCUCAUUACACUGAAGACCUUUUGCCAGAACAGGGCAUGCAAGAUUCAUUCCAAAAAGUGAUACUGAGAAGAUAUGGAAGCUGUGGACUUGAGGAUUUACACUUAAGGAAAGAUGGGGAAAAUGUGGGUGAGUGUAAGGAUCAAAAAGAAAUUUAUAAUGGACUUAACCAAUGUUUGUCAACUCUACCUAGCAAAAUUUUCCCAUAUAAUAAAUGUGUGAAAGUCUUUAGUAGAUCAUCAAAUCUAAAUAGAGAAAACAGAAGACAUACUACAGAGAAACUUUUCAAAUGUAUGCAAUGUGGCAAAGUCUUUAAAUCUCACUCAGGCCUUUCUUAUCAUAAGAUAAUUCACACUGAAGAGAAACUCUGCAUAUGUGAGGAAUGUGGCAAAACCUUUAAGUGGUUCUCAUACCUUACUAAACAUAAGAGAAUUCACACUGGAGAGAAACCAUACAAAUGUGAAGAAUGUGGCAAAGCUUUUAACUGGUGCUCGAGUCUUACUAAACAUAAGAGAAUCCAUACUGGUGAGAAACCCUACAAAUGUGAAGAAUGUGGAAAAGCCUUUCACUGGUGUUCACCCUUUGUUAGACAUAAGAAAAUUCAUACUGGAGAAAAACCCUAUACAUGUGAAGACUGUGGCAGAGCGUUUAACCGGCACUCACAUCUCACCAAACAUAAGACAAUUCACACUGGAAAGAAACCCUACAAAUGUAAAGAAUGUGGGAAAGCCUUUAACCACUGCUCACUACUUACUAUACAUGAGAGAACCCAUACGGGAGAGAAACCCUAUAAAUGUGAAGAAUGUGGCAAAGCUUUUAACUCAUCAUCAAUUCUUACUGAACAUAAGGUAAUUCAUAGCGGAGAGAAACCCUACAAAUGUGAAAAAUGUGACAAAGUCUUUAAGAGGUUCUCAUACCUUACUAAACACAAGAGAAUUCACACUGGAGAGAAACCCUACAAAUGUGAAGAAUGUGGCAAAGCUUUUAACUGGUCCUCAAUCCUUACUGAACAUAAGAGAAUUCAUACUGGAGAGAAACCCUACAACUGUGAAGAAUGUGGAAAAGCCUUUAAUCGGUGCUCACACCUUACUAGACAUAAGAAAAUUCAUACUGCCGUCAAACGCUAUAAAUGUGAAGAAUGUGGCAAAGCUUUUAAACGGUGCUCACAUCUUAAUGAACAUAAGAGAGUUGAAAGAGGAGAUAAAUCCUGCAAGUAUAAAAAAUGUGGGGAAGCUUUUAAUCACUGCUCAAACCUUACUACGUAAGAAUUUUUACUAAAGAGAAAUCCUACAAAUGUAAAGAAUGUGGCAAAGUCCAUAAAUCUUGCUCAAGCCAUUGAAAUCACAAGAUAAUUCAUACUGGAGAGAAACACUACAAAUGUGAAGAAUGUGGGGAAAGUCUUCAAGCAUUGCUCACAGCUUAUUGCACAGAAGAAAAUUCAUGCUGAGAAAAACUCUGAUUUUAAAGAAUGUGGCAAAGCAUUUAAUAACUACUAUGAACUUACUCAUCAGAGGUUUUGUGCUAGAUAAAAGCAAUAUAAGUGUAAUGAUACACAUUACAUUUAUCUGUGGAAAGAUGUCACUAAAUAAAAGCCUUAGAGUACACAAGGUGUAAUGAUAGUGAUACAUUACAUUUGUACAUGGAAAGACUUCAAAAAUAUAAGCCUUAGAGUACACAAGAGUUUUUAUACUGAAGAAAAACAUUACAAAUAUAAAGAUUGGUGCAAUACUUUUACUUAUGUUACAGAUUUUGUUGUACAUAGGAGAAUUUAUACUGAAAGGUAACCCUCUAACAGUUGCUCAAAUUUUAUUCCAUUUUAGAGAAUUUACAUUGGAAAGAAACCCUACAACUGUAAUGAAUAUGAAAAAAUUUGUUUAAAAAGUACACCUUAGAAAACGCUAGUUUAAGGCCGGGCGCGGUGGCUCACGCUUAUAAUCCCAGCACUUUGGGAGGCCGAGGCAGGCGGAUCACGAGGUCAGGAGAUCAAGACCACGAUGAAACCCUGUCUACUAAAAAUACAAAAAAUUAGCCGGGCAUGUUGUCCGGCGCCUGUAGUCCCAGCUACUCAGAGAGGCUGAGGCAGGAGAAUGACGUGAACCCGAGAGGCGGAGCUUGCAGUGAGCCGAGAUCGCGCCACUGCACUCCAACCUGGGCGACAGAGACUCUGUCUCAAAAAAAAAAAAAAAAAAAAGAAAGAAAACGCUAGUUUAUAUGAAAGCAUUUAACAGAUGCAGUAAAUAUAAAAAAUUAAUAAAAAAUUAAGUCUAAAUGAACAUCAGAAGAUUCACAGUAGAAACCACUAAGAUGCUAACACUUUCAAUGUUAUUCUAAAUCGGGGCAUUGAUUAUAAAGAGUAAUUCAAGGUUAACAUAAUUUAGUUAGCCUAAACAGGAAUAGGAGAUUAAUAUUUUGAGACAAACAAUUAUAUUCAAAGUACACUGUUUUUGCAUUGAAAGAAUUUUAGAUUUUUACAAAGGCAAAUUUUGAUGUAAUUGAACUCUCAAAUUACUUGAUGCUGUGUCUUUAUUCCUAGUGUCUGUAUGAAAGCAUGUGGUCAAUUUCUGCUGCUCGGGGUUUGAGAAGUUCUAUAUUAGGAUGUCAUUUAUAUACUUUUCAACAGAAGAUUGAGGACACUGAAAUAUGAGGUGUGUGAAGAAAGUACACAGAGAAACUUGUGGUUGACUUAUAAAACUUGUAAGUGCUGCAUGAGAUAGAUGUUCAGAGUAAUAGUCUUGUGCAUUAUUCAAAUUUUAGUAAAUUGUUUUACCAAUUGCACAUUAGAUAGUAUAGUGGAUUUUGUAAUGCUUUUCUUAGACUGUGAACUUAAUUUGUUUCAAUAAAACAAAAUUAUUUUUAAUGUGUUAA